AGGCGAGCAUGAAGGAUCCAGACUCGGGAGAAAUCGCGUAUAGGAAGCGAGGCCGAGGGUCUUUUCCAACAACCUUCCGGGUAGAGAGACGCCACAGCACGGCUCAGAUAUGCCUCACAGUAGUACUGACUAUAGUGCUGGUGACUGGCGGUGAGGUACAGUACUAAGAAGCAACAACCACAACUACGACGACGACGAAGACGACGCAGAAACGGCCGCCUCAAGAUGCCGUUCCAAGCUGAUGUGCAGCGAUAUGUCGAGCAUGCUAGCAGGACGAUUGAGCACUAUCUGCCUCAGGACCGCAAUUCGCGCCUCUUACUAGCCGGAGGUGCGGCCACCGUCGCUGGUAUUGUCCUGUUUCCACUGGCACAUCACUUCGUCCUGGGAAGACAAGUGACACACACGCAGCCCAGUGCCGGGUCGCUCUGGGCAUCAGCAGAGUGUGGUGAAAUCGAGUCCAUUCCCAAAACCCUCACCGAAAGUGCCAAGGACUAUCGCACCGUCCACGACAAGGUCACCACACACAUCAAGGAUGUCACCAUUGGCCUGAGCGCAGACAUGGAGGGAGACUUCACCGCACUCCUUCGCCACCAUUUCACGCAAUUCAACAAGACGCCCGUGAGCUGGUUUGCUUGGCUUGCUUUCAAUACUCCGAGCCAGAGAAACACUUUCCAACCAGAUCACAUCAACAAGCUCAAUUUUGUCAAGGGCGAUGUCGUCAAUGGUGCUUAUGCGGUUGUGAAGAGAAGCCCUCUUCGGGUGGAGCUCGCUGUCUCGUCACCAACGAAUCUCGAGGCUGUUCAGAGCCGUGUGGUCAUUUCAUUGCGGCCACGAAAUCAGGGAGCCACUUUGAUCUCCGAGACGAUUCAAUGGACGGAGCGGAAUAGCGGAGUCACCCUGCCAUUGGAACGAUUGGUGGGUCGAUUCUUGCACGACUUGACAGCGAGAUGGUUGGUGCUAUCAAGCGCGGCAUUCCUGCGUGGUAUAUCCUCUGUAUGACAUGACUGGGCGUAGAUAUAGUCCAGACCGGAGACUCGUCUUGAUUGACGCCUUCGCUGUGUGCCCUAGGCUAGAUAGUCAAAUGACAAUAUAUCACAGCCAUGAGACAGCG